UUCAGUUUGUGAGACAUAUUUUGACAGCUGAUAAUCGGCCAUUUGUGAAUUUAGUAAAUUUGCUAUCUAUUUUGUGAACUUCAUGCAUUUACUAGGAUUGGAAGCUGUCGAACUGGUUGCUUUGUUGAUAGUUAUUGACAUUUUCUCCGGUGGGUGUCUGUUCAAUACAAAAUUAACGGACAAAUAAAUGAACUCAAAACCAAUUUAAAUAACACCUGUUAUUGAUAGAAUUAAUCGAACGUAGUAAAAAUAAAUUCUAGUGCGCGCGUACUUCCUCAUAUUAUUAAUCUUUCGGAUCAAGGUUCUUCAAUGAUUUAAGUAAAGUAUCAUGAAUAGCUCCAAAGUGUGUUAUCGUGUAUGGAGUGUUGUCAUCACGUGCGGUUGUGUACGCGGAUGCUCGCUUUAGUUUGUCAGUUGGUAUUCUGCAUACAGAGUGUAGUGGCGACGCGGUGUAAAUAUUAAAUCGAAUGGCAUUUUUGGUAACAGUGUACUAGUUGGUGUGGAAAUGGCUCCGAAACCGCCGCCUCCUCCUGGUCCGCCGCCGCCGCCCGGACCUCCUCCUCCUCCCGUGUUCGGAGGAUCUAAAAAAGGCGGUGGAGCCGACGACAGAAAUGCGCUUCUAAGUUCUAUUAGGCAGGGCGCUAAGUUAAAAAAGACCGUAACAGUGGACAAAAGUGGACCAUACAUACCAGGGAAAGUGAAUAAUGUACCUAGCGGAACCGUGGCUGGAAACGGAGUGAAGGCUCCUCCGCCAAUGCAGAAUGGAGGUGGUGCACCUCCUGGGCUCGGUGGAUUGUUUGCUGGGGGAAUGCCAAAGCUACGGCCUACAGGGAAAUUGGCAGGUUCAACACCAAAUGGCCAAGUUAGGACAGAUGUUCCACGGCAUCCCCUACAACCAGCACCCUCACCCCAAAGGUCACCAGAAAAGACAAGACCCACAAUGCCAUCUCCAGGGGCUAAUGUCAGUGCCCUCUCAGCUGUCAUAUCUGGUACGCUAGCAGCCCGAGAACUAAUCAGAGAACGGGAGGCCCCUGUUCACCCUGCAAUAAGAAGACAGACUAGCGAUAUAAAGACUAGGGGACCACCUCCACAACCACCAGUACAGAAAUCAGCAAUGCCUUUGAGUUCAUCAGAUUCGGUGCUCACGACCGGUUCGAUAUCGGAACGGAUCAACAACCUUCAGCAGCAGGCGACCGAGCCGCAUCAGACGAGCGUCGGGGUCACCCUGCAGAGGAACAAGAGCUCGCUGCACGCCGCCUCUCAAUCGGCCCUCGGUGGCAGCAUGACGUCACUAUCGUCGGCUCCGACGCCGCGCGUGCCGUCUCCGGCGUCGUCGCUCUCCACGUCGGACCUGUCGGACCGUCCGCGCAGUCACGGGAAACCCAACCUGGCCCCGAAGCCGCCCGGCCCGGCGCCGGACCGACCCUCGCCGCCGCCCAAGAAAUUAAUCGUAAACGGCAAGAUGGCUUCCCGGACGCAGAGCAUGAGGGUCCCUAGGUCCCCGCCGGUGUCCCCGCCGUCCCCGCCGUCCCCCGGGGGCCGCCCCGCGCACCUGCCGCCCGCGCCCGCCCUGCCCCCCGUCGGGACCAAGAACCCGGCCUCGCACUUCGGUACGCUACGGGCGCCGCGCGUGCUGCGCCCCCCCGGCGUGUCGCCCCCGCCGCCCCCGCCCCCCGCGCGGCACGCCUCGCUCGCACACCCGCCGCCCCCGCCCCCGCACCACAGGCAGAACAGCUCCGGCGGUGACGACCCCCCGGCCCCCGCGCCCCCCGUCCGCGGCUCCUCCAUGCGCGCGGCCGACCUGGAGGCCAGGUUCGCGGAGAUGUUCCACCCGGCGACGCGCUUCCCGCCCCCCGACCCCUUCCUGCGCAUCGACAAGGGGUACAGCAGCGCCACCCUCGCCGGUAACAAGGCGCCGGCGCCGCCGCCUCCGCUGCGGGCGGGCUGCUAGCGCGCGCCGCGGGGCCCUCCGUGCCCCGCACCCGCGCCACCCCGCCCCGCCGCACCGCAAGAGACGCCCGACCGCCCGCUGCCCAUCGAGGACGCGCCCAUCCCUUCCGAUGUCGCCGACCUCAAGGACGUCGUGGAAGCGAUCAAUCGACUCUGCGAAGCCAUGAAAGGCCCCGAGUACGAGGACGCCGAGGGCGACCGACUCGUUUUACACGAGUCCGUCGUGGCCCCAGAACCGGUAGACUGCGAGUCCGAACUAAUUCAACCGGAACAAGUUCACGUUCAAACAGUGGAUAUUUAUGAAUCCGAAAACUGGAGCGACUGUCCCACGGACGACGUGGAGGCGGCGAAACUUCAUACACUGGAAACCGAUCGAUGUCAGUCACGGGAACCGACAAGCGAAACGUUUCUCAAAGUGGCUGAAGUUUCACGGGUGACUAAACGGGAACAACAGGAACAAGGUGAAGAGUGUGAGGGUGAGGGCGGGGGACGGGUGGUGGCGGCGGGGCACGUGGCCGCCAUGCGCGAGAUGUUCGAGAGCAUGACCCGCGCCGGCACGCCCUGCCCCCCGGACCCUGCGCGCCCCCUGUCCCCCUUGCCGGAGCGCCCGGGAUGAUACAGGAUUUGUUGUCGCUCGUUCUUCAACAGGACGUGACAGACGCGCUGUUCGGACGCUCGUCUGGUGAGUGUACUACAUGUGGUCGAUGUUCACUCUGCACGCCUCGGGAGGGUCGUGAAGUUGUUGUAAGCGCAAGUGUCAAAAUGUAACGAUAUUACUAUCGGAGUAGGUUAUUCAAUUUUCUUGUAGUCUCUCAUACUGAAACCCGAAGACUUUUCGGACAAAUAAAACGAAGCUAUAUUUAUAUCUUUGUGAUCUAGAAAAGCUCAAAUUUUGUAACUCGGUCAUAGUUAAGAGACUAAGGAUAUUAUAAUUAUUAACUGCGACCAAAUAGGGUUCACGUUGAAGUAAUACAGAUAUUAGCGAAGUUAAAUAUAAAUAAAGUACACAUAGGUGAAUUUAGAACGGUUUGUUUUCUAGUGUUGCCAUAUAUAGAUAGAAGAAAAGUUAAAUGUUGCCAAUUUAAUUUAAAUCUAUUGUCGUUCGUUUAAUUUUGAUGUUGUGAAUUUACCAAAAUAUUUAAUUGGGUUAAAACAAUCUUUCUGAGGUGAUAUUAGGUAAUUUUAAUUUAUAGUCCUGUUGUAACUGUAUUAAGUGAUAGUGUACGGGGUAGAGUAAGAAUUUUGUAUCUCUUCUAUCGAUUUUAUUAAUAAGGACUUGUUGUAAUAGUUGCUUAUAUCUUAGCAGGGUGGCCCCUGAUAUGAUAUAUGAUUCCACAUACAUACACUACACGCCCACAUUACAAGAACGGCGAUAAAGUGCCUUCGAAGGCAGUAAGAAUGGUAGAUAGGUUAGUGAAAUAUACCUGCCUAACUAACUGUCCGUUGUUAAUAUCUGAAGUGAUUUAAUCGAUUAAUUCGGUUUAGUCUUGUAAUCGAUUAUUUUUAUUUCAACAAUCCGAGUAUUUGAAUAUUUCACGGAAGACUGAGUGAACAUUAUCUAAAUUGAACAGUUUUUGAAACGUCAAAAUCUUAUAUUGCUUAGAUUCAGAUCAUUGUUUAGACGAUUGUGCUGGUCUUUACAUUUUCUUGAAUGAGUGUUGUGAAUGUAUUUCAAUAACAAUUACGUACUGUGCACGAAAUCUAGUCUUUCAAUCAAAUUCCUCCCAACCCCAGUAUUUUAUUCUUGUGUCGUCAUUCUGAUAAUGAAUCAUGAAGUUAAAUAACAAAACCUAUAGUUGUUGUUAAUUAGUGACGGUGACCACUCACCAACAGGUGGGCUGUUUGCUCCUUUGCCUAACGUGGUAAGAAAAAGAACGACUGUAUAGUAGAAUUAUUUUGUCCGUGCAGUUUGGGUCAUAAAACAUAGCCCGGCUAGGGCGGUGAGCUUGUUGCGCGGGCACAACGCCAUUAUCGAUAAAAACAAAUGACUCAUCGAAGGCAGGUACACGGCGGCGGGGUGGUAUACGAAGGGUGGUGAGAUAUUGCUAUGUUAUGAGUCAUUUGUACAUACCUGCAAAUUAUAGUAUAUUAUGUCAAAGAGAAAUGUGUUUUUAUGCAUUCGUUCUCUGAAUUUUUUUAGUGACACAAUGGCUACUCCUUUGUUUUGUAUCAAAACGGCAGAAUUUAUUCAAAUUAAUAUUUACACGUGUUGUUAUCAACAAUAUCUUAACAUUUUUCACUGAAAUAAGAAUAGAUCCCGAAAAGUUACAAAGUGUUAAUUUCCGCCGUUCUCGUUAACUUGCUGCGGCGAUAUGUGGUGUAAGUGUUCGAUUAGUGUUUUUUCUUCUAUUUUUAUUACUAACCCACAAAAUGACAAAAUUAAAUAUACUGUCGAUAACGCUUAUCGACAACAAUAAUGCGCAUCACUAUGCCCGUCCAUAAGGCUCGUGAGUGGAAGAGAGAGCGAAAUACUCGCUUCACCGCUCCGAUUUUUUAUGACCCAAACUGCACGGACAAAAUAAUUCUACUAUAGUUGUCAAUCUUUGCUAGGGUACAGGUAUGUAAUUAUGCUCUUGGUAUGAAGCGCGAAACUGGGAUUGCAUAUUGCGCGAAAAACAUAUAUACAUAUUUAAAUAAAAACGUCUCGUAUAGCCAUUUCAAGUUUGGUAAAGAAGGCUGUCCAAGUUAAGGAUGUUUCUGAGCCAAAAAAGUCAAGACACGAAAUGGCGGGUCAUAUGUACUAAAUGUUUAUCAGUCUUCAAGGAAUUUUCAUUUUUUUAAUUAAGAUUAUUAUUAAAUAUGUGAUCUGAACAGCCAUGGCGGAUCCAGAUUGUAUUACACGCAUUUACGUUGUCUAUUAGAACAAGUAUAUAAACGUAUUAAGCAAACCGA